CCUCUCAUUUUCACCACACCCAAAACUUCACGUGCCCUCUCACUCUCCUACACACACACACGCACGCACUUCUUAGGAUUAAAACUUCAAUAUUUAUCAUAUAUUAUCUUCCUUCUCAUCUCUCCAACCUUAUCCAUUUUUCUUAUUAUUAUUUCACUACAAAUCAAACUCCAAACAAUUCUUCCAUCUUUUCGUAAUUAGAGGAAAUUAAUGGAGAAAGCAAAGACAGUGGUAGGAGGAUCAUCUUCAUCUUCAUCUUCAUCAACAUCAUCGUCUUUUACUACGGAUCUGUUUGGUCCGAAAGAGUCGUCCUCAAAGUCUUCGUCCUCGUCCACAGCUUUCUUUGGAUCAAUCUUUGGUCCACCAACCUCCAUGGUGAGUGGAAGAGACACCUCUGCCCCAGAUUUUGGACACAACUAUGGCAAUGCCAAAAAUGGAACAGAUUAUGGAACUCAGAAAGUCAUUAAUCCGAUGAAAAAAGACAAGAAUCCCGAGUACGAGAAUGGAAGAGUUGAACCCUGUUAUUACAACUCAUCCAUCUACUAUGGUGGCCAAGACGUUUAUUCUCCCACAACUCCGAAUAUUACUCCUCCACAUAAUAAUUUCAAGAAAGACGGAGGAGAGGAUACGAAUGAGAGCAAUUGUAGCUGUGCAUCAAGAGGAAAUUGGUGGCAAGGAUCACUGUAUUACUAAAGGAGCAGCAGUGCACUGCAGAAUUAAUGAUGAUUUAAAGUAAAUCAUAGCUUGUAGCAGCUGAUCAUUGUAACAUUUCAGUUCCCAUUUUAGAGGAACUUUUAGUGUUCUAAACUUUCUUUUUUUUUUUUUUUCCCCUCGGGUUUUAUUAAUAAUAUUGGUGAUCCAUCUUCUCAAUAUAUAUGUACUAUGUCGUGUGAAAUAUUGGAAAUGGACAUUAUAUAUAUACGGGUAUUUGUGUGCUUACAUCCUCAAUAUUAAAUACGUCUUUAAUUCCCUAAUUUUCUCGUUUUAUCUUUGAUUAUUAAUGCUUACGUGUAAAUUGUAAUGAAGCAAAGGAAGAUAGAUAAAAGAGAUGGAUUUCUUUUUAAUUUAUGGGCUUAUUAUAAUUACAUUAUUAGUAGGCAGCCGGUGAAGUAGCCCGCAGGGAACACACAUA